AUGUUUUGGCUUUUUCUUCAAGUCUCACUCGCCUUUGCCAGUGCGAGUAAGACGCAGUAUCUUGUCGAAAGAAUCAGUGAGCAUGAGGUUGAUCAGGCCAAAUACAACCCGUUUGGUAAGAAGAAGAGUGGAUACAGAGAUAUUUUCGAUAGUGAAGGAAUCAUAGAAGAGUUAGCAAGGUUUGAUGAAAUCGGAAUCAUGAAUGAUAGAGCAGAUCAGUGGAAAUGUGGGUUAGAAGAUGGAUGGGAAGACAGAAUUAACGCCUGGUACCAGUACGCCGAUAGAAUCAAGAACAACCACACUCUCUGGGAUGGAUAUACUUUGGCUCUUCUCAAGAAUGCCGAUUUCAACAAAGACAGAUGUAUAAACGCUCUGAGAGCCUUUGACGAUGAUCUCCGAGGAGAUGACUGGCUUAAUGGAGCCCUGAACCCAGCUAAGAUCAUGUGCUCAUCUUGGGGCUACAAAGGCGGCGAAUUGAAUCAGCCACAAAAUUUCAUCAAAAAGUUUUCCACUGAACCUAUCAGCACCUUCCCAGCAAAAACAACACAGUGUUAUUUUGCUCAACGUUUUGAUGAUAAUGGAGACCUAGUUUACUCUGGUCAAUACGCUCAUGAAGCGACUUUUGGCGCUGUUGAAGCUCUAAGAAACAUCGUUGCCAAAGGAGCAAGAGAUUUUAUUGAGUGUAGCAACGAAUGUAUAGAAAAAGGACUCGAGCAUGGUUUCAACGAAACAUCAGAUGAAGUUAACAACUGCCCUACGACAAACUGUGGCUUGAAAUUCACCACGGGCAAGAUUGGUCUCUGCUACCCAGCGCAAUGCACUCCUCUUGAAAUUCUCCUUGCAAGAAGAAAUAUCCCCGCCGAAAAGUUUCCUGAGCUUCUUAUGACCAACCAGGGAAAUUUCAAUGAGAACAUGUUUUUCAUGGAAGAAGAAAAGCCGUGGGUGCAACGGGCUUCGGAUGUCGCUUGGGUUAAUCUCAAUACUGGAAUAACAAGGAUAACAAAAUACGUUGAACCGAUUUACAGAGUAACUCAGGGAGGAUUGAUUGGAGCCUCAGUUGUCUUGGGAAUCUAUGGACUGAUGCUCCUUUGUGUAAGUUAUUUCCCGAAGAGUGACUUCCAAAUACUCGCUGCCUUCCACCUCCCGACGCAUUAUCAAUCGAUGGUCAGUACUUUUCGACCUGCCAAAGCUAUUCAAUGCAUCGACGGAAUUCGCGUUCUGUCUAUCUGGUGGGUACUCAUGGGACACAUCAUGUCACAGACGUGGAGCCUCCAAGACAAUCUAGCUGAAGUUUCCUUGCGACUAAGAGAUAGUAAUUUUCUAAUAGCUAUAGUGAACGCAUUACCUUCUGUUGAUUCGUUUUUUCUGAUGGGCGGCUUGCUUGUGUCCUACAUUGGGACUGAUAAGAUCAUCAAAACAUCGAAAAGACCACUCGGCUUCAUCGUCACCUUCUUCUUUAAUAUUCUCAACAGAUGGAUGCGUCUUGUCCCCGUUAUUCUCUUAGGAAUCUGGUUACAAACAUCAAUCUUUCCGCUGUUUGGACAAGGAAUAGGACAAACUACUAGUAACAUCAUGGGUUCAGCUUGUCUACGUCUCAACAUGUUUGCAAAAACGAUAUUCUUCGUGAUGAACUUCUUUGUUGAGGGUUCGAGUUGUCUCGGACAUGUUUGGUACUUAGGUUGCGAGUUUUGGUAUAGUGCUAUUUUUCCCAUCAACGCGGCACUUUAUGGGGUCCACAAGGCUCUAGGAAUCACAUUUACUGUGCUACUGAGCUGUUUUAGCAUUGGAUGGGAUUGGUACCAAUCUGCAAUAAUAAAUGCAACUCCUUAUCAGCAACUGCGACUUUCUUACUCAAUUGACACAAAUACAAUGGCCAAUGAUGUUUACACUCGCCCCUGGGCUCGUUAUCAUUCUUACGGCGUUGGAAUUCUCUUUGGAUGGCUUAUUCUUUCAGAGAGAAAAGGAAAUGGUUUCAAAAAAUUCGUCAAAAAUAACAAAAUAGUUGGGUAUAUGACUGUUUUCGCUCUCUGGUGUGUGUCAUUCUUUUUUCUCUACUUCACUAUCUACUUUUCGACAAUGUGCUUUCAAGUCGAUUUUGUGGGGAUUUGGGAGAAUCGAGUUGACUUGUAUUACGAUGACAGUGAUAAAUGGGACUUUAUUUGGGGCUGCUCCUCAACAAAUCAAGGUUCCGCUGCCUGGAAUGGUUUUCACAGAGCCGUCUGGGCAUUUGGACUUGGGUUGUUGAUUUUUCUUUGCGACUCUGGGUUCGGAUUUAUGAUUAACUCCAUCUUAGCCCACACCGGCUGGAUUAUUUUUGCGAAGACAUCGUUUGCUUUCUACAUUGUUCACUACAGUCUAAUCGUCAUCUAUCAGCAAUCUCUCACAAUGAUGGUUAAUGUUGAUGAGUACUGGGUUACAUGGACCUUCUUACAUCUCAUGACUCUAACGACUGCAGUUGCUGUAUUGAUUUACAUAACGUUCGAAGUACCAAUGGCAAAACUUUGGGGGAUCGCAUUUGGUUUCUUGCAAAGGCUAACUGCUCCGCCACGAAACGCAAAGACCGAAAGCUACAAGGAUGAUUCUAUUGAAGAAAGCCCUCCAAGUUAUCAUUCAGAAGAAAGAGACGAAGAACUCGAGUUAUCAAUGCAAAAAGCUGAGAAAAUUUGA